GUGAACGUUUGAAUGGAUAAUGGAUUUGAUUCCCAAUCGUUCUCGGGAGUAAUGGGGCGGCGAUGCUCGUAUAUGUUCUGUUUGUCAGACGGUCGAAAAAUACCGGAAGUGAUUUUAUUAAAUGCGUCCAAGAAUUCGGAAAUAUUCUGUCAAUCAGUGCUUGUUACACUGGUUUUAUUAAUUCGGAUUUACAUUCACUUGGAUAACCUGCCUGGGAUAAUCGGAUAAUUAUAAUUAUGUCUUCCGGUUGUUCCACAAAUUGAAUCACCCUCGAUAAAAACAUGUGCCACGACAAAUGUCGGGAGAAAAUUUGCUCAUUUUGACCCGGUGAUAAAAUAUUCUCCAAUACUGCGUUAUAAAAUUAAAGCAGUUACAGUUCAACAAUUUAAUUGUGCUGCCAUCUUCACGCGCUUAUGCAAACAGAAAUGCGUGUGCAGAAAACGAUGGCUCCGUUUCUAUCGGAAUGGUUCCGUAUUUGUUCCGUUGUUUUCAGUUGAUCAGUACAUUAUGUGGUCGAUAAUAAUUACUCCCUAACCAGAUUUACUCCCUAACCAGCGUGUAAUCUGUUUACCGUACUUUUGCAUUUAGAACCUCUUCCAAAGUUUUCCUGGUUCGAUGCCUUCUGUGCAUUUGUGCAUCGAGGAAGCAAUAACUGUGUUAUAACCUGCUAAUUUAAUUCUGCUGGUAUAAUUCACAUUCCGCUUCGGCACAAUGCGCCUGCUUCGGAAUCCGUCCGAUCAUUUGUUCGGUAUCACCGCACAAGAUUCGCCUAUAUUUGUGAAGCUGCAGUGGAUGUUCAGGAGAUUAUCCGCAUUUUGUUUAUGUUUAUUCAGUGCAUUUUACGUUGUUCAUCAUAUAUGUGAACGGCCGCAUAUACGCAGCAAUGGAGCUGUUGGUCAGCCGGUAUAAGGUCAUCGGGUUCGUCCUUCUCGGUGCAGUAAUGUAUCACGUUUGUCAGGGUCACUUAAGGGUCAUUUCCUUAAGUGCUAAUGGUGCACGGGACGUCGGCACAAAACCGGUGGUGUCGACCAUUCGAGCGGCAUUGGAAGACCUAAGCCAGAAAUACCCUUUGUUGUACAAGGACUUCACCUAUCACAUGGUCGACCUGAACACAAGCGUUAUUUGUGAGUCACAAAAUAAGGAAAACGAUGAGACUCUGCCAAAACUUGCUGAACUUUAUGGAAACGGAACUUUGGAUGAAAAGCGAAAAGAACCUACCAUAGUUCUGUCCACGGCGUGUCCCGAAACAAUGUACAAAUUGAUUGCACCAUUUCUUAACGAAGUACACGUCCUUAUCACUCCAUUCAUUGACGCCGACCAAAAAUUUUAUGAGGACAAGAACAGGUACCCGACGCUGGUGUCAUUCUCCAUGGCAGAUAUUGGCGCGUUUGGUCAGGCGCUAAGCGGUUUUCUGCUCCGAUGGAAGUGGCUACACAUUGCAAUCAUUAAUGACCAACUAUCAGAUUUGCAUGGUGUGGGUUAUGGGCAACGAAAUUAUCAGCAAUGCCUUGGAGCCAAAAAGACUAUUGAAUAUGUGGCCCAGCAUCCGCUUCCAGACGGUAAAAUUUAUAAUAUUCAGUACAAGGAGUUUAUGGCCGACUCUAACAGUGGGAAACAUUGGGCGGUACAGCCAUUACUGGACGCUUCUAACUACAGCCGCGUUAUGAUCGUUUGCACUCUUGGACGCCAGCAGAAGCAAUUCGCGGCAACCGCAUACGAUUUAGGGAUGACCAGUGGUGAUUACGUUUUUAUCCAUCAGUAUUUGAUCGAGGUUCCUGUAGAAGUUCCUCUGGAAUACAAUGCAAGCGAACCGAACCACGAGAAAAUUUUAGCGGCAUUUCCUAAUUACUUUCAACUUAUUCCUGAAGCUCUAAACUGGACUAAUCUUGAGAGCGUCAUUGAGGAAGCGAUAAAAAUUUGGGAAAAAGAGUUUGGCCCACGUAAUGAAGACGAUGUCAAGGACUUUGGAAAGGGUGCGGAACUGAUGAUAUCGGCCUACGAAGCACUUGAAGCAACUUCCAUGGUGCUCAACGAAACGAUGGGACUGUCCAAUGAUUCGGCCCCAUUCGACGUUAAACGGUUGGCGCGUAAUAUGUUUCACCGUAGUUUCGAGCUCGCAGGUCAAACCGUGGCUAUGAAUCCUUUUGGCAUGCGGGUUAUCAACAUGGAAAUACAGCAGUUCGAUCUGGCGUCGCUUAAAUUUCAGACCGUAAUGCGGCUUAGUACAAACAACCACAAGGGCUGGGUGGAAGAUCCUACUCGUCCGGUGCGCUGGCGCACACCAGAUGGACAGCAUCCGCCCGAUAUACCGGCUUGCGGACUGCGUGGCGAAAACUGCAACCUUAUGACAGCCAUUGCCGUUGGUCUGGGUGUGCCGCUCUUCUUUCUUCUUUUCGCAUUGAUUGCUGCUGUUGCCGUUAUCGUUCAGCGACGUUCUCAUGAUAUUGAGAAGUGGAUAAUUGACCCGGCAGUUCUAACCAACUCCGAAGCCAAAUCCAUAGCCGUUCGUGAAGAAGAUUCUGACAAAUCCGUAACAAGCAAAACCAGGCAGAAAGUGAUCGUCCAUGUUGUCGGUUUUGUGGGUAUCGGAAGUUCACCGCGUCUGCCCGUAGGGGUCACCGCCACCCGGGUUAAUUUUGCCCGGGUUAUGCAGAGCCGUGCUUUUGCACGCAUAGUUCGGCAGAUCACGCACAUACAUCAUCCGAACGUCAACAGACUUUUAGGCAUUGUCUUAGCCAGUGUGCCGCCGGUCAUUCUGCAGGAGUUCUGUGAACGGGGAUCGCUAGCUGAUUUGAUGGAACAAGGAAAUAUUGACUGGGGAUUAAAGACGUCAUUGCUGUCCGAUUUGGCUGAGGGGCUGUAUGUUAUUCAUGCAUCAGCUUUAAAGUAUCACGGCAACCUUAAACCGUCCAAAUGUGUGCUGGACAAGCGCUUUUGCUUGAAAAUUGACGACCUAGCGCACGAGCGUAUAAUGGGCAUGAUGUACGGUAUCAACUUGCGGCCUUUUUCCACUCAGUGGUCCGCUCCGGAAGUUCUCCGCGGAGGCCAACCAAGUCCGCAGUCUGACAUCUACUCUUUUUCCUUGAUUGCAUAUCAGUUGGUCACUGACUAUGAACCCUUCAGUGCCACUACGAAUCUUGACGGAGAAAUGAUCGAUGACCCUAAGGAGAUGGUGAAAAACGGCCAGACGCGGCCAAUUUUCUAUGCUGAUCAAGAGCAGAAGGGAUUUAUGAAGCUAAAGGAGCUGAUUAUUAACGCCUGGAGUGAGGAUCCCCGGGCGCGGCCCAAUAGUACCGCACUGCGGUCCACCUUGCGCAAGGUCACCGGAGGGAGCGGAAAUCUGCUGGAUAACUUACUUAAACGCUUGGAAGCGCACGCUGAGAAUUUGGAACACUUGGUUGGGCUGCGCACUCAGGAGCUGAUUGCCGAACAAGCACGCUGCGAUGAGCUACUGAACGAAAUGCUUCCACGGAGUAUCGUUAAGCUACUUCGACUUCGUGAAGAAGUGCUACCGGAAACAUUCGACUGUGUGACCAUCUUUGUCAGCUACACCGACGGAUUCGGUGAUUUUGUCGCCAUCGCCACACCCUUUCAAGUCGUUAACUUCCUUGAUGAGCUGUACAGAAGCUUCGACAAGGUUGUGGAGCGCUUCGAUGUGUACAAAUUGGAAACAAUUGGUGAUAGCUACUUGCUGGCCAGUGGGCUUCCCAUUCGCAAUGGUACUAAACACAUCCAGCAAGUGUGCCAAACAGCUUUGAGCCUACAAAGCGAUUUCGCCUCCAAAGGCCUGGAGAUGAUGGGUUUGCAGUGCGGCAUCCACUGCGGUCCGAUUGUAGCGGCGGUGGUUGGACUGAAGAGACCUCGCUACUGCUUAUUUGGAGAUACGAUUAAUACUUCAUCGCGUAUGGCAAGCCACGGAGCUCCGACGAAAAUCCAUCUUAGCGGUGAAGCAGCUGGCCUGGCGCGGGAGUACAACUUCAAUCUGCAGAGUCGCGGUGUGAUCAAGAUUAAGGGGAAAGGCGAGAAGGAAACCUUCUGGUUACUUCCUGGUACACCAUCUUAACCAUGUAUCAUGUGCAAGUUGGGCAACAGAAGUUGAGCUAUGCACCUUGUCACCGUCUAUGGCUAAAUCUACGAGUACUGUAUACAGAAAUAGAAUUAAAAUUUUAUGAAUCGUGUUACCAUUACAUUUCCAUACCUUGAUCAGGCAGGCUUAUGGUUUUUGUACAUUCUUACAUUAUUCGACCAUUGUAAAACUGGUUGCUGUCAAUGCUUAUCGUUUUAAUUACUAAAAAGCAGACAGAACACC